UACCUGGGCAAUCAGGAAGUCUGGGGAAACCGCCCCUGGUUACCCCCAGGAGGGGAAAGCCAUGCAAUGCGCAGAGGCUGGAAAGCUUAUAAUUAAAUUCAGUCACUGUAGGAAAUACAUCUACAGCUUCAGUGUGCCGCGAUGCUGCCCCCUCUGCCGGCAGGACGUGGGCUCGAGGAAACUGGAGGAAGCACCUGUUAGCAUCUCCAAUCCGUUUACCAAUGGACAUCAAGAAAAAUGUUCAUUCCUCCUCAGACCAACUCAAGGGACGUUUCUUAGGGAGUAUGACGGAAGGUCUGAUCUUCAUGUCGGAAUAACCAACACGAAUGGUGGCUACCUGUUGAAUUUGAUGAUCCUGGAGGAAGGAGGUUCUAGAAUCUCUAAUGACCUACUGCUAACUGGCAAUAACCAGCAAGUGCAACCUCGGUUUCUGAUGGGAGUUGUCUAUAAUUACACCAUGCACGGUGUCCAGCGAGAUGAAGCAGGUUGGGAGCAGAGUGUAAGUAUCCCAUUACUGCAGCCUGGCAUGUUUGGACUGAUGGACCAGUGGGACAAGUACCUGGAAGACUUCUCCACCACAGCGGCCUGGCUGCCCCACAGGUAUCAAGAAGACUGCCACAACUGCUACAGUUAUACCCUCAGAUUCAUUAACUGCAUUCUGGCCGCGGAAGGCAAGGAGCAACUGGACAAAAAUGAGUUCACAGAGAAAUUUGUGGUCCCCAGAACCAGGAAGGCUUCCAAGUACAUCACACUCUACCGGGUGAUAGAAGAGCAUGGGUUCUAUGUGACUGACUACCCAGAUCAAGAGCCAGGCCCUCCUCCAGGAAGCGUUUUGUGCUGAGUGUGCUGUGUAAGAGCAGAAGGGACAGGGCAUUUGGGGGGUUACUACUUUAAUAGAUACUAGGGAUUUCUAAACACUUAAACUGUGGUUAAUAAAAAAAAUAGGUGAUAUGGCUUUCCUUUAAGCAUACCUCAGCUUACUCCAGUAUAAGAAUUUACAAAAUUAAUAGAAAAAUAUUAAAUUAAAAAAAUUGUCCUGGGUUUUCAAAA